UGUCCUGCCUUUGAGGGUAGAGUGAAACUCUUCCCUGGUUUGCAAAGGAAGGUGCUCCUGGCCAGGCCUGCAUGGUGUUGGUUCAUUCCCUGGAAUACAACUGAUGAAGUCUGGUUUAUUUUUAAGUGACUCUUGUUCAUCAUUUAUGAUCUGACUGUUACUGAAAUGUGUGGGUAUCUCAGAAAUAACAAUGUCUGUGUGCUUCCAUUUCUGAAUCUGAGGUCUGAGAGUGAAACCAGAAGUGGUUACCAAAAAAUGCAUCCAAGUAUAUUUUCAGUUUACUUCCAUUUUGUCCUUCUGCAGUUGCUGACGUUGAGCAGUGUGGUUUAGAGCUGGGGAAAGCUCCUGUCUUGCAGCUCAGAUUUGAUGGUAGAGGGUUAAGCUGCUGAUCGUUUUGGAAAUGCUUAAGUUUUGUUUAUGUAAAAAAAUACUGUGCAUCUUAUCUCCCUCUGCCCUUCCUCCUUCCCUGAAUGGUCCCGUUUAGGAACAGGGUCUGUGCUCUUUGGAGGCCUUUGAAUUCAGGAAAUGACAAAGUAUUACUUGAUAAAUUCCAUCUUUUUCUCCACUGCUUCCAUUUCUGAUGCAAUUGAUGGCCCUUGACUGCACUGGGUGAGGCGAUACCCGAAGCUCAUCACAGCUUUCAGAUUCCACCCAAACUGCCUGUGCUGGUGCUCCCCUGUUUGGGGGAGCGUCAGGAAUCAGACCCAGCCCUUUCCCUGGUGGUACAAAAACUGCUGGAGAAAUUCCCUCCCAAUGCAAGCUUUAAAUCUUGUUCCUUGCUGAGUUUGUUGCUGCUGUAAAGGGUCAACUCACUUGUGUGUCCUCCAGGGUGAGAUGAGGCUUGACAAUCUUUAUUUCAGCAUGCCAGUAUAACCAGUUCUGUGAGCUCCAACAAAUGUGAAUAAGUUUACAAGGUGAUAUUUUUUUGUCAAUUUUGUAAACAAGUUCAAAUGAAGUUUACCAUGUGCGUACCUGCUGUGUACUCUCAUUUGUGCAUGACUCAGUUUCUCUGCUGCCUUCUCCCACCUCUCUCGGAAAAAUUUUCCUUCUAAUCCUAAAACCUGAAGUUAAAACACUGCCAUUUCUUCCUUGUCAACGGAUGACACGAAAUGGCUCAUCAGCAAAUCUCUGGGGAGUCGCCAUCACCUGAAGUGCGCGUUUUUAUGGGCAAAUUAAUCCUGCAGGAAUGUCUCUUGACAGGGUGCAUGGAUGAAGCGGGCUCUACAUCACCCCCUCCUGCCUGCCAGGUACUCACCCAUCCUUUACCCCGGCCGGCGCUACGCCUUCCUCGCCUUAGUUUUAAAGGUCGGGAGCGAUCGUCCCGGUGCCUCCGAGCCCGCGACCUUCGCUCCGUCCCUGCCCCGGCGCUGCCUCCCUGGAGGCGGCUCCGCUGCCCCGAGCGCCGUGCCGGGUGAGUCACGGCAGCCCCCGGGGCUCCACGGCCGAGCGGGGCCGGCAGCGAGGGCGCGGGGCCGGGCGGAGCGGGGCGGGCGGGGCGGAGGAAGUGACUCCUGNNCCGGGGCGGGGGCGGCGCGGGGCGGGCGCGGGCCGGCGCUGCGUGAGGGGGCGCGGGUGUCGGCGCUGUGCCUCGCCUGGUACGGGCUGAGCGCCGGCGGCAACGUGGUCAACAAGCUGCUGCUCGGCGGCUUCCCGCGGCCCGUCACCGUCUCGCUGUUCCACAUCCUGGGGCUGUGCGGGCUCCUGCCGCCGCUGCUCCGCGCCUGGCGCGUCCCGCCCGCCGGCCCCGCGCAGCUGCCGCCCCGCGCCUACCCCCGCUACAUCCUCCCGCUGGCCUUCGGCAAGUACUUCGCCUCCGUGUCCGCGCACGUCUCGCUCUGGAGGGUCCCCGUGUCCUACGCGCACACAGUGAAAGCCACGAUGCCGAUCUGGGUGGUGCUGCUGUCACGGAUCAUCAUGAAGGAAAAGCAGACGACGAAGGUGUACCUGUCUCUGAUCCCCAUCAUCACUGGUGUCCUGCUGGCCACGGUCACAGAGCUGUCCUUUGACAUGUGGGGACUCAUCAGUGCACUUGCUGCUACCCUCUGCUUUUCACUUCAGAACAUCUUCUCAAAGAAGGUGUUGAGAGAUUCCAGAAUUCAUCACCUUCGGUUGCUGAACAUCCUGGGGUGCCACGCUGUGUUCUUCAUGAUCCCAACGUGGGUUCUGGUGGAUCUUUCUUCCUUCUUGGUAGAGAAUGACUUGAGCUCCAUGUCUCAUUGGUCCUGGACCUUAAUGCUGCUUAUAAUCAGUGGAUUCUGUAAUUUUGCCCAGAAUGUGAUUGCCUUCAGUAUCCUAAACCUGAUCAGCCCCCUGAGUUACUCCGUGGCCAAUGCCACCAAGAGGAUCAUGGUGAUCACCGUGUCCCUGAUCAUGCUGCGCAACCCCGUCACCAGCACCAACGUCCUGGGCAUGAUGACAGCCAUCCUCGGGGUCUUCCUGUACAACAAGACUAAAUACGACGCAAACCAAGAGGCAAAGAAGCAGCAGCUGCUCCCAGUGACCACUGGAGACCUGGUGAACUUGGAACGGCACCGAAACCCCCCUGAGAAGUCCCAGAAUGGACUCGCAGCCUUUGGGGACUUCCAGUACGGCCGCAGCAACCUCCUGACAGAGCACUUCCAGCACAGCAGGCAGAGCUACCCAGCAGCCUACAACCUGAACCGUUUUGAUAUUUAGGAUCCUGGCAGACAGGUACAGACUGUGAUAUCAAAGUGUCCCCAGCAUUAUCAGAAAACUUCCAGUACAUCCAUGAAUGUCACCACGCCGCUGAACUGUGCGGGUUUGGCAGCGGGGCAGGUCCGUGUGGAGGGGAGUGGUGCAGGACCUGCAGCUGCUGCUGGGCAGAGCUUUAGACCUGGAACAGGCAGACCUGACACUGAACCAAACCCACAGAGCAGAUCCUGGUGAGGUGCACGUGUCACUGCACAGUGGGACAUCUGUCACUGCUCCUUUCAGAGUCUGCCAGCUCGUUGUUCUCUUGGCAGCUGAAUUCUGGCCAGUAUCUCCUUUCCAUGCUGGUAAUGUCACCUUUAACUUGUUCUCCAAUAACGGUUCAAUGAUCCUUUUAAUGAAGCUUUCAGGAAGAAAUGAAAGCAAGGGGUACUUGUGCUGAUCAGGAUUGACUGAGGUGGAUCAGCUGCAGGCAGGUAAACUCGAGUUCAUCUCCAGCAUCUGUGCAACUGCUUGUGGAUAUUCACAACUCUUGUGCCUCUGCCUUCAGCCCUGGAUGACAAAGCAGAAGUGUUUCUGGAGGAGCAGGCAGUGGAAGGAUUGAUCUCUCCCAGAACUGCUUCAGGAAAAACACAGUUCUCCAAAUCACUGCUCGUGGCAGAGAACAACCAAGCCCAACCUAAAAUAAUCAUUGUUUUCUGAAUCAUGUAGUCCUGUAACUCCAGACAUUGCUAUCCCCUGGCCAUGCAGGAAACUCCUUCACAAAUAAAAGUGUUUGGAAUAAUAUGAUUUUAUUUUUUUACUUGCUUCACACCUGUUCUUUCAAAACUGUUUUGUUGCUUUAGAAACUGAAAGGUGAAAGGUGUUUUGUUCUCAGUUUUAUGCAUAAGUUAUGCUCUCUUACAUGAGUUAUAUAUUUUGAAUGCAUUGAUUUGAACAAUCAUCAUUAUUAAUUGUUUCUUAAAUCUUUUUUAGCCCCUAAUUGUUUGGGGUUUUUAAAUUUCUUAAUUACUUCUGUUGGAGUAGCUGUGUGGAUUUAGCCUGACUUCCUGCUGAUGCUGUAAGAAGUUAAAUUUUGUAUCCUGUGCUGUUCCUGCAACUCCCCUCGAAUAGGAAAUGAAAGACAAACUGUUUGAAUCAGCAGUAAAUAGAUAAUUUAUGGUUAAGAACUGAUUCAGUGUCAGUUCUAGACAAGGUGAUUGUGUCUGUCAGGUACUGCAUUUGUGCAUGGAAGGGAUGAAACUUGGCUUUCCUUCCUUUGAAUGAAAUUCCUUGGAAUGAAGUGAAACCCAUCCUGGAACUUGGGUUUCACUGAAUCAGAAUUUUCUGUCAUUGCUUUAGUAAAAGAUUUUAGGGGCCUUCUUUCCUUCCCAGACUGUUGUACAGUGAGACUUUGAUAGCAUAAGUUUUAUGCUUUUAACCAGACACCAGUGACAAAACCCAGGGUGUGUCACAGAACACUCCUCUUAUUUAUUGCUUUAAAAUGACCAUUUCCAUGAUGUGAGAUGAUGAUUUGGCUCCUUUCUGGAUAAUAAAGAAUUUAUUUUUAAGUGCAAAA